AUGAAAGUGCAAGUUAAGAACCCCAUCGUGGAGAUGGACGGUGAUGAGCAAACUAGAAUUAUUUGGCAAUUGAUCAAGGAUAAGUUGAUUUUGCCCUUCUUGGAGGUGGAUUUGAAGUACUACGACCUUUCGAUCACUUCACGGGAUGAGACUGACGACCAAGUGACCGUGGAGUCGGCCAAAGCCACUUUGAAGUACGGCGUGGCGGUCAAGUGUGCUACGAUUACGCCCGACGAGGCCCGUGUGAAGGAGUUUGGGCUCAAGAAGAUGUGGAAAUCUCCCAACGGCACGAUCAGGAACAUUCUUGGUGGCACCGUGUUCCGGGAGCCCAUAGUGAUCCCCAGGAUCCCACGGCUGGUUCCCCAGUGGGAGAAACCGAUCAUCAUCGGCAGACAUGCGUUCGGGGACCAGUACAAGGCGACCGACGUGGUGGUUCCGGGGGAGGGCGAGUUGAAGCUUGUGUUCAAGUCGAAGGACGGCCAGCACGACGUGGACUUGCACGUCUUCGACUUCCCCGCAGACGGGGGAGUGGCGAUGGCGAUGUACAACACGACGGAGUCGAUACACGGGUUCGCAAAGGCUUCGUUCGAGCUGGCAUUGGAGCGGAAACUGCCCAUGUAUUCCACCACCAAGAACACCAUCUUGAAAAAGUACGACGGCAAGUUCAAGGACGUCUUCGAGCAGAUGUACGAUGAGCAGUAUAAGACCCGCUUUGAGGAGCUCGGGAUCUGGUACGAGCACCGUCUGAUCGACGACAUGGUCGCGCAGAUGCUCAAGUCCAAGGGCGGGUUCAUAAUCGCCAUGAAAAACUAUGACGGUGACGUGGAGUCCGAUAUCGUUGCCCAGGGGUUCGGCUCCCUGGGUCUGAUGACCUCUGUCCUGGUCACUCCCGAUGGCAAGACCUUUGAGAGCGAAGCAGCCCACGGAACCGUCACCAGACACUUCAGACAGCAUCAACUGGGUAAAGAAACCUCUACCAACUCAAUUGCGUCGAUCUUUGCAUGGACUAGAGGGAUCAUUCAGAGAGGCAAACUCGACGGAACGCCUGAAGUUGCCAACUUUGGCUACUUGCUCGAGAAGGCCACUAUCGACACAGUACAAGACGAUGGCAUAAUGACCAAAGAUCUCGCUUUGAUCCUGGGCAAGACAGACAGAUCCGCUUACACCACCACCGAGGGUUUCAUUGAAGCUGUUGAAAAGAGACUAAUCAACGAGUUCAGACAGGCGUUUCGUGACUAA